GUCCCCACAGGGCUGCGGCGCACGCGGGCCCAUGGCGUCCCGGGGCGGCCCCCUGGGCCUCCUGCUCUGGCUCCUGCUCCUCCAGCCCCUGCUUGGUGAGGGGUGCGACCCCAGCGAGGACUCUGCAAUGACCCCGGCAAGCUCAGAGGCGCCCUCGCCACCAGGGCACCAGGAGUCCCCGCGGAUGCCAAUACCCACUGCAGCCCCACGGCUUCUAGCGCUCGCAGUGGGAGAGGCCCCGGAGUCCCAUCAGACCACUGAGUAUGAACCACUGUCUCCUCAAGUGAGUCAGCUAGAAUGUGGCCCCAAGUCUACGAGGAGAGCCUGUUCAGUGCCCGCCUCAGACAAGAAGUGGCCCUGGCAGGUGAGCCUGCAGGCCCGGGAUAAACAUGUAUGUGGAGGCUCCCUCAUUGCUCAUCAGUGGGUGCUGACCGCCGCCAACUGCAUAAUUGGCCACGAGGAAUAUACAGUGAGGCUGGGAGACAACUUGUUACAACCUCAUUCCGAAACGGCACUGGUGGUUCCAGUUGAAGACAUCCUUUGCCAUCACUUUUUUGAUGAUAAAACUUUGAGACAUGACAUUGCCCUUGUUUUCCUGGCCUCCUCUGUGAAUUACUCUUCAUCCAUCCGUCCUGUGUCCCUCCCUAGAAGGGUUCUCCAAGUGGAAGCUAAGACAGAGUGCUGGGUGACUGGCUGGGGCCACCUGGAAAAAGGAGCUUCAGCAAUGGUACCGGUUCACCUUCAGGAGAGCAAGCAGCUCAUUCUUCACUACAGGAAAUGCAACCAGAUAUUACAGGCACAGUUAGGAACACUUCGCACCCUAGUGAAACAAGGGAUGAUCUGUGGCUAUCAAGAGGAGAAGGGUCCCUGCAAGGGAGAUUCUGGGGGGCCCCUGGUCUGUGAAUUUAGAGAAACAUGGGUCCAGGUGGGGAUUGUGAGCUGGGGCAUUGGCUGUGGUCACAAAAAUUCUCCUAUAGUUUAUACAGAUGUUAGUUUGUACAAAGAGUGGAUCAGCAGUCACUUGAAUCAGGCUUGCUCUUUGGGCUCAGCAGGCUUCUUCCCACUUCUGUGCCUGUUGCUGCCGCUGGGCAUCCUGGUGGCCCCAUGAUCACCCUGGCCCACUCCCCUCCUGUUUCUGAGUCUCACACUGGGCCUCUCCUCUGACUUCCCACUCCUACUCAAAUGCUCCUUCCUGCAAUUCUGGUUGGCAUCCACUGACCCUGUAGAGGACCACACCGUAGAAGGUGGCAGCAAGACUAGAGCCCAGAAAGUGCCCCAGCCUGAUGCCCCAAUCACCUGCCUCGGCCACACCCACACCUUGGCUGUGCCCUGCCUGCCUGGAAGGAGGGAGUGCAAGCAUGCCAGCUUGAGAGCCAGCCAGCCUGCGAGGCGGACCCCAGUGCGUCCUUGCCAUCUUGGAGAGCCUCUACCACAGAAGAGACCUCAGGAGCAGUGAGACAGCACUGGAGCUGGGUGUGGGCUCAGGCUGUCACCUGAGACUCUGUCAGAGCAGUCAGCUUGCUGGUGGUGCAGACAGAGGGGGAGGAAGUGUCACCAUGUCCCUGCUGAGGUGGGAGACCUGGGGUUUCCACAUCUGCCUUGGGUGUGUCUGGGGCUGGGAGGAGUUCCCCUUUACCCAGCAAGGAUCCCCCUAUGCGUGGCCAGCCUGUGGCACACAGGCCCUCUGUGAUGGCAGCCCUGUGAUGGGGCCCCCCUUCCUCAGUAGCUAGUGGCCACAUCCAGGCUCACCCCAAGUUGUGUGGAGGCAGUGAUGCAAUGCACAGAUUUCUGACAUCAACUGAAUAAACG